UGGAGGGACUCUCAAUGUCCAUGCUAAAUCAUUGCUUUCUGGGCAACAAAGCGGCUUUUCAGACCUCGUCUCCAUGGCAACAACUAUCCCGCCCUCUUGUUCAAAUCAAAGGAAUCAGGACAAGCAGGUAAUCUGAUCUUUAAACUAGCAAUGUCUCCGCCCCUGUUUUGGUCUUCCUUGUAACUAAAGUGAGCUGAGCCCUGCGUCCACACUGAGCGGAGCCUACACACACACAGGGCCGACUUAGUUCAGCUUCCUGUUCAAUCCAGUGGGAGAAAGAAUGCUGCUUCUGACGAUCCACUUGUGACUGACCGGCCCUCGUCUGGCGGAACGGCUCUCUGAAGCUCGGCAGCUCUGCUACUACCAUGGGAAACCAGGUGGUCGCCCUCCUCCUGGCCCUCCUCGGGUUCUUUGGAACCAUCUUGAUCUGCGGCCUGCCCAUGUGGAAGGUGACGGCAUUUGUGGGCGCCAACAUCAUCACAGCGCAGGUCUUCUGGGAGGGCCUGUGGAUGAACUGUGUGAUCCAGAGCACGGGUCAGUCCCAGUGCAAGGCCUAUGACUCGGUGCUGGCCCUGCCCCAGAACCUGCAGGUGUCGCGGGCGCUGGUCUGCGUCUCCAUCGCCGUCAGCGUAGCGGCCAUCGGGCUCACGGUGGCGGGCGCCCGAUUCACCAACUUCCUCCGCGACGACGGCCGCACCAAGAUCAGCGUGGGCAUCGCAGGAGGCGCCGUGUUCAUCGUGGCGGGGGUCCUUUGCCUCAUUCCUGUCAGCUGGUCAGCCUACACCAUCAUCACAGGGUUCUUUAACCCCAUCGCCACCCAGGAGAGGCGGGGCGAGCUGGGGGCGUCCAUCUACGUGGGAUGGGCCUCCGGAGUGCUGCUCGUGAUUGGUGGAGGAAUGCUAUGCAGCACCUAUAGAUACUGAGGAGCUAGAGCCACAUGGUUCAUGCGUAUUGCAUACGUAGCAGGGGAAGUUAGGCUCACCCAGGCUGCUUGGGUCAGUGUGUGUACAUAGCAGGGGUAGAUGGGUCCAACCGGUCUGCCUGCAUAAAUGGAAGUUUGUUAAAGGACCACAUUUUUUAAGCUCUGAAUUGUCUCCUUGUUCCAUGACGUGUUAAACUGAAUGAUAAACAUUAUGUCGCUCUUUUUCAACAGUUUGUAAUAUUUGAAAUGAACAUGUAUGAUUGAAUGUUAGUAAUUUCUUGUAUUAUUUGCACGAAAAUAAAUGAAUAUAUUUUCUCCUUUUA